ACUCUCGGUAGGCCGGGUUCCCACUACGCCGGACCGGCAGAUCUGCCGAAAACCGGACACCGGACAGAGUGUUCACAUUACAUCGGAUCCCGGAAGAAAUUCAGACAGUCCUCAGUUGAAUUUGGACCUGCGCGCACAAUGGACGACGAAAUUGUUGUGUUGUGGUGGUAUCUUAAUAGAAGGCAAAAUAAAAGAAAACAUUGGGUACACCCUAUUUUACGGGAAAGAUUUUCACUUGGAACAUUUGAAACAUUAAUGGGUGAACUUAGAAGAGACGAAUCAAAGUUCUUCAAUUAUUUUCGAAUGACAGCAACCACUUUUGACGAUUUACUGGGACGACUAGACAUAAGAGUACGAGAUACAAGUUUCAGAGAAUGUAUUUGCCCAGAACAAAGAUUAGCCAUAUGUCUAAGAUAUUUAGCUUCAGGAUGUUCAUUCAAAGAAAUACAUUACUCAUACAGAGUAGGCGUUUCGACAAUAAGUAAACUAAUAAAAGAAAUGACCCACGUCAUUUGGGAAAACCUAAAGACAGAUUUCCUUAAGCUGCCUGAUACUGAGAGAGAAUGGGAGGACAUCGCUUCAGGAUUCGAAAGAAAAGCCAACUUUCCUCACUGUCUUGGAGCAGUAGAUGGCAAACAUAUCAGAAUUUUGAAACCAGCCAAGAGUGGUUCUAUGUUCUUUAAUUACAAGGAGUAUUAUUCUUUUGUAUUAAUGGCAGUUGUCGAUUCAGAGUACCGAUUUAUUUUUAUUAGUGUGGGCUCAUUUGGCAAGGAAUGCGAUUCUAGUAUAUUAAAGGAUAGUACAUUUUGGCAAAAGAUCAAUGAUGGUACUUUAAAUGUACCAAAGCCUAGACCGCUUCAUGAAAACUUGCACGAAGAAUUACCGUUUAUACUUGUUGGCGAUGAAGGCUUUGCUUUAACACCUAAUCUCCUACGUCCAUAUGGAGGUACACAUUUGAAUACUGAUAAAAAGAUUUUUAACUAUAGACUAAGUCGAGCAAGAAGGUAUGUUGAGUGCGCUUUUGGUAUUCUGGCAAAUAAGUGGCGAAUAAUCCAUCGAGCUAUAGAUCUCAACGUAGACACAGCAAUUCAAGUAAUUAAAGCUUGUGCAGUCUUACAUAAUUUUGUAAGAGAAAAAGAUGGUAUAAAUUUUGAAAGUUACCAAAAUAUAGAACAUAGACAAGAACAAGAAACUACACCCAUGAAUCGAAAUGUGUCGAGUCGAGGUGGCCCUAAUGCCAACGCUAUACGGACAUCAUUUACUAAUUAUUUUGUUUCAGAUAUUGGUUCCGUUCCGUGGCAGGCAGCAGCUAUAAAAUAAAAUUUAUCAAUGCAUUUACAUUUUAUCAAUAAAACAUUAAAAACUCA